CGCACUUCCCUGAAGUUUAGCAUGAUUGUUUACAAGUGUAGCUUCCCGCGUUCUGCUACGAUAAAAUGUCUGGAUGGUAAAUGGCUCGUCCUUGAACGAUGAAGAUGAUAAAGACGGAGAAGAUUCUUCAUCUGAAGAGCUGUCGAGGCCGGAAGGUCCGUGUGGUCCGUGAACAUUACCUGAGAGAGAAGGUUCCGUGCUUCAGCGCCCUGUGCCAGGCGGACUGUGACAACGAUGGUAAAGUGCUUCCACGGGACCUGACCCACUAUGUGGUUCCUGAUGUCGGUGUUGUGGUUGAUUACCUGGAGAUUUUGGAGUUCAGAGAGCUGCAGGGCAUCGUGUUCACACAGACCGCCUGUCAGGCUGUGCAGCACAACAAAGGACGCAGGCAGUACAACCGUCUGAGAAACCUGCUCAAAGACCCUCGACAUGACUGCGUGCUCUUUGCCAAUGAGUUUCAGGAGUAUUCCUACUGUGAGAGAGAGAAGGGCGAGAGCCAGGAGAAAUGGCAGACCAGAUGUGUGUACUCAGCAGCAGUGUGGUACCAUAACCACCUGGCAGGUCUGAUGGAUGUGGUGAUGAUCACAGACGAUGAGGAAGCCAUCACUGAGUACAGCAGCCUCAACUCUGGAGUGUACGUCAUCUCUGUGCAGGAUUUCUUACAGAACUUCUGGCCAGACCUGCAGGCAGCUCAUGAUUUGUACAGCUCCAUCUCUCAGGCACUGCAGGAAAAGGAGAGUGAGGGCUCACAGAGAGAGUACACAGAGCAUCUGCCCGCUGAAAUCCUGGAGGCUGGAAUCAAAUCUGGACGUUACUUUAAGGGAACUCUGAAUGUCAGCAAGCACCGAGCUCAGAAUGAAGCCUCGAUCCUGACAGAGGGUUUGUCAGACACCAACAAAGAUCUGAGCGGGGGCUUGUUAGUGUUCGGUGUGAAGAAUCGUAACCGGGCAGUGCACAGGGAUGUGGUUGUGGUUGAAUUGUUGCCGAAGAGCGAGUGGAGAGGAAAGGUCAGCGCUCUGAGUGAAGGUCAGAGUGAGGAUAGGAGCGGAGAGGAGAACGAGAGUAAACCGAUGCCUACAGGCCGAGUUGUGGGCAUCCUGCAGAGGAACUGGAGGGACUAUGUGGUAACUUUUCCUCCCAGAGACGGGACUCAGUCACAGGGCAGAAACUCUCAGAGGAUCCUGGCUGUUCCCUGGGACCAUCGGAUCCCAAAGAUCCGCAUCAGCACUCAGCAGGCCGACACUUUGCAGGAUCACAGGGUGGUGGUGCGCAUUGACUCAUGGGAAAGCACUUCUCUCUACCCUAAUGGCCACAGUGUGCGGGUUUUGGGCCGGGCUGGGGAGCUGGAGACAGAGGUCCAGACGAUCCUUAUAGAGAACUGCAUUAAUGUCCCUCCUUUCUCAGAUGCACAGCUCAGAGAGAUGCCGGUGAACUCCCUGGAGAAGCCAUGGAUGGUGGAUCCCGCCCAGGUAGGACAGAGGCGGGACCUCAGGGAGACUCACCUGGUGUUCAGUAUCGACCCAAAGGGGUGUGAGGACGUGGACGACACUCUGUCGAUCCACAGCAUCGCUGGAGGGAAGUGGCUAGAGCUUGGCGUCCAUAUCGCAGACGUUACGCACUUUGUCACCGAGGGCUCGCUCACUGACCUGGAGGCACGCGCACGAGCGACCACCUACUACCUGGCAGACCGCAGGUAUGACAUGUUACCUGCCAUCCUCAGUGCAGACCUCUGCUCGCUGCUGGGAGGAGUCGACAGGUAUGCGAUGAGCGUGCUGUGGGAGCUCGAGGCAGAGACCUUGGAAGUCACAAAGGUGUGGUAUGGCCGCACAAUUAUCCGCUCCUCCUACCAGCUCCACUAUGAGCUGGCUCAGGCACUCCUCAAUGGAGAGGAAGCCACAGUACCGGAACUGACCAAGGUCACAUCUGAGGAGAGGGAUGCUAAGCUCGCUCAGCUCACACAGGCUCUGGAAAUGCUAACACACGUAGCCAGACACCUGCGGGCUCAGAGGGACAGAGGAGGCGCUCUGGAGCUGGAAGGGGUGGAGGUUCGAGCCCAGCUGGACAAGGAGAAGAACAUCACAGCACUUGUCCCUCGUCAGCCUCUCGAGGUCCACGAGACGGUAGCAGAGUGUAUGAUCUAUGCCAACCACUGGGUGGCACGCAAGAUCCAGGAGACGUUCCCCCAUCAGGCUCUACUUCGGUGUCACCCUCCACCACGGGAGCAGUUCUUCAGCCAGCUUGUGGAGAGUGCCGCGGCUGGAGGGUUCUCCAUCAAUACCAGGACUAACAAGGCCUUAGCGGAGUCUCUGGACCGGGCUGUGGACCCCGAGGACCCUCUGGUGAACAGGUUGCUGAGGAUGAUGGCCACCACAGCCAUGUCUGAGGCUCUCUAUUUCUCUACUGGUGUGCUGUCCCAGGACCAGUUCUACCAUUAUGGUUUGGCUCUGGACCGCUACACACACUUCACCUCACCCAUCCGUCGCUAUGCCGACAUCGUGGUGCAUCGCCUCCUCACAGCAGCCAUCGCCAUGGACCAGGAGGCGGAGCUUGUUAAACCACUGGCGGGUCACAAAGAGCUGGAUGAGAUGGCUCAGCACAUCAACCACAAGAACCGGGCGGCGAAGCAGGCCCAGAAACUCUCCAUCGAGUUGUUUCAGUGUCUCUUCUUCAAAGAGAGAGACCCCCAGAUCGACCCACACUGUGUGGCGGACGCCAUCAUCUAUGCCAUCAGAGACAACGGCGUGCUGGUGUUUGUACCUGAGUACGGCAUUAAAGCUCCGGUGUAUCUGAAGAACCGGGAGGGUCAGGUGAUCUCUGCAGGUAAGGACGGCAGCUGUGAUUGGCAGAGCGGCUCGGUGAGACGAUCAUCAGACCACAUCAGCACCACCUCAGGCGGUGGCACCUCCACCUUCAGACUCUUCAGCCACAUCACUGUUCGUAUUUCAGUCCACGCCACUAAUUUCCACGCAGACACUUUGAACCUGGAGGUGAUCAGCAACAAACCUCACAGCACCACCGAGCCUGAGAAGCCCCGCCCACAGGGCCGCAGCCAGCUGGUGCAGGAGGUGGUGCGUCUGGCAGAGGAGGCGAGCCAGCAGGAGAAGGAGAAAGAGGCAAGGAGACCCAAACUGUCGAAAGAGGAGAGAGAGUACCGGCAGAGUAAAACUCCAAACCUGUACUCUCUGUUAGAGGAGGUGAGAGAGCUCGCCUUGAUCGACCCGGAGACGGACGCACAUGCUUGUGCGACCACCGCCUAGAGCUGCUGUGACAGAUUAAGAUAAUGAACUACUGCCGAUGUUUUCUUCAAAAAAUCUUUGAAAAGACAGAAGUGAACUUUAAAGGUUCACGGAUAUUAGCUCAGAUCCUCAGGUCACGCCUACCCAUUCACUCCCAUGCUGAUGGUGAAGGCUGCUGUAGAGUGGUCAUCAGUAUAAACUCAUUCAGUCAUACACAUCCAUACACCACUGACAAACGUGGAGUUCAGUGUCCUCUCCAAGGACACCUGCAGUGGUCCCUGUAGAAGAGAAUAUCCUCUAGUUUAUGCCUCACAUUAUUAAAGCCAGCAAAAAAAAUAACAGCAUGCAGCGUUACAAACAAAGACAUCCAAGAACAUCUAGCUUAUUAAAUUCUUCUAAAAACUGGCCUUUAGCAUUUCCAUAUCCUCACUUAACUUCUGCUGCGUAGGAAGAAAGGAUCAGGAUGGAAUGAACCCUUAAAGGGGACAGAGUUAACCUUCACUGCUGGGCCAAAGAUCAGGCUGAGACAACAGCAUCAUCAUGACUCUUCCUUCUUCUUCAGCAGUACAGAGCAAUGCAGUACAGAGCAUUGCAUCAGUGUACUCCUUUUACUUUUCUAGUCAGGCUUUUGCUUUACUACAGCGGAUUAAAAAUGGGUUUACUCUACAGAGAUAGAAAAAUGAGUUGAUAUUCUCUGUAAACCUGUGUUACAGCACUACACCACUGAACACAUGGACAUGUGACUGCAGGAGCUGAGGAUCAAACCUCUGACCUUCUAGUUUGGAUGAUUUACUACCUACUGAUCCACGGCUGAAAGAGCACAAAUCUGUCAGAACAUCUUUUAUGAUCAGGAGACUUUGUCUUUAUUCUGAUAUCAGAUGUUCGAUUUCCUCUGCAGCUCUCUGCAUCAUGCUGACAAUAUUUCUUUCUUUACCAUCUGUAUAGUAAAAUCUUUGUAUUGUUUUCAGAAGAGCUCAAUAAUGAGCAGUGUGAAUUAAUUUUACAAUUAAAUGAUAAAAAAAAAUAAAUAUUCAG